GUAAUUAUUUGUAAAGGUGAGAUGAUUUGCUGCUUGGCAACAGAGCAAAUGAAGCGUGGAGGAAGACGGCAUCUCUGUUGAUACCGAAAACCUCUCUGAAUCCAAAUUUAAAGUUAACGUCAGUGUUGAGUUCGGCUCCGAAAAUGAAACACGCGGUUCUUUUGAGUGUUAUGAUAAGCUUGAUGGCCGUCGUCUCCGGCCGCAGUCCACGCACGGUGGAUCAGCUGUCGGAGGCUGAUAUCCAGCGUCUGCUUCAUGGUGUGAUGGAGCAGCUGGGUAUCGCUCGGCCCCGAGUAGAGUAUCCUGCGCACCAGGCCACCAACAUAGUGGGUCCUCUCAGUAUCCAGGGUGGUGCUCAUGAGGGACUCCAGCAUCUUGGACCGUAUGGAAACAUCCCUAACAUUGUUGCAGAGUUAACUGGGGACAAUGUUCCCAAAGACUUCAGUGAGGACCAUGGUUACCCCGACCCUCCCAACCCUUGCCCCCUUGGAAAGACUGCUGCUGAUGGAUGUUUAGAGAAUUCUCCAGACACUGCAGAGUUCAGUCGAGAAUUCCAGAAACAUCAGCACCUUUUUGACCCUGAGCAUGACUACCCUGCACUAGCAAAAUGGAACAAAGGACUGUUGUAUGAAAAACUGAAGGGUGGGCCCAAAAGAAGAAAAAGGAGUGCAAAUCCAUAUCUGAUGGGACAGAGGCUGGAUAAUGUGGUGGCCAAGAAAUCAGUGCCACAUUUCCCAGAGGAAGAUGAGGCUGAAACUGCUACAAGCAAUAUCAAGACCUGAACAUCAUGUGGUUCUUUGAUAUAUGUAAAAUGAAAAUGAAUAGUCUCACAAUAAAGUUAGCAUUAAAUUAUGUGUGCUAUUCAAAUGAAUCAUUUUAUAAAAAGAGAAGGAAAGGGUGAUUGUAACAUGAAUGAUUUGCCCCUUGGCAUAAACUUUGUUUUAAUACCAUUUAAUCAAAUAAAAUAAUGUAUAU